AUGUCUAACAAUUAUGAUAAAUGGGGGAGACUCGUGGAAGUCGUGCUGCGAAGAGAACAAGAUCGAGAAGUUGCUUUAGCGGACUCGAGGGAAUCAAGUUUCAGAUCCAUAUCCUCUAGUUCCAGAUUCGGGAUCGAUUCUUCAUUUCAUGAGCAGGAUCCUCAACUUGAAGCAUAUAAUUCCGAUACUGUAAAUUUGCAUGGAGACAAAAUGGUCCGUCGACGACUGGAAGCACCCCCACCGCUGUUGCCUCCCCUUAGGACUACUCUUCGUUCGUAUCUUCGAAACCCAUUUUCCUGUUUCACAGCCGUGGCUCAAGAAACUAGCUCAGCUUCAACAAACUCUAACAUAAAAGGAGUUCUAACGAAUGAUGGUAAAUACGAGCGCCACAAUCUGUAUGGAAACUUGUUCGAGGUCUUCAGUAAAUAUGUUCCUCCAAUACUUCCCCUUGGUCGUGGCGCCUAUAGCCUUGUGUGUUCUGCUAACAAUAAAGAAACAUAUGAGCGGGUUGCAAUCAAAAAGAUUGGAAAUGCAUUUGAUAACAGAAUAGAGGCUAAAAGAACUUUGAGAGAAAUUAAACUCUUACGCCAUAUGGAUCAUGAAAAUAUUAUUGCUAUCAAGGAUAUCAUAAGACCACCGAAGAAGGAUGCUUUUAAUGAUGUGUAUUUAGUUUGUGAAUUGCUGGAUGCAGAUUUACAUCAGAUUAUUGAGUCCGAUCAACCACUGACGGAUGAACAUUGUCUGUACUUUAUAUAUCAGCUGUUACGAGGAUUGAAAUACGUACAUUCAGCAAAUGUCUUGCAUCGGGACCUUGAGCCCAGCAAUUUGCUUCUGAAUGCAAACUGUGAUUUAAAGAUAGGAGGUUUUGGUUUGGCAGGGACGACUUCUGAAACUGAUUUCAUGACUGAGACUGAAUAUGUAGUCACUUGUUGGUAUCGAGCACCUGAAUUGCUCCUUAAUUGCUCAAAAUACACGGCUGCAAUUGAUGUAUGGUCUGUUGGUUGCAUUCUUGCUGAAAUAUUGACUAGAGAGCCUCUGUUCCCUGGCAAAGAUUAUGUACACCAGCUCAAACUCAUCACUGGGCUGAUAGGCACACCUGAUGAUGCGACCCUUGAGUUUCUACGAAGUGAUAAUGCCCGAAAAUAUGUCAUACAACUUUCUCAAUUUCCAAAGCAACAGUUGUCGGCUAGAUUUCCCAACAUGCAUCCUUUGGCACUGGAUUUGUUGGAGAAAUUGCUUGUGUUUGAUCCGAACCAACGUAUAACUGUUGAUGACGCUCUCUGUCACCCAUACCUGUCCCCUCUUUACGAUAUCAAUGAUGAGCCAAUCUGCUCCACGCCUUUCAGUUUUGAUUUUGAGCAGCAAGCAAUAACUGAAGAAAACAUUAAGGAUCUUAUUUGGAUGGAAUCAAUCGUGUUCAAUCCAGAUCCAGCUCAUUAG